AUGGACGAGGAUGCGCUUAAGAGCUUGAAAAUUGACAAGAAGCGCCUGAUGGAAGACUUGCACCACACAUGUCAAUGGGGCACGGGCAAACGGUGGGGAAAAGCCGAAACAGAAACAGGCAUGACCCGCCUUGCGCUCUCAGAUUCCGACAAGCAAGCCCGCGACUGGUUCGUGAAGACGACCGAAGACCUUGGAUGCACAGUCACCAUUGACGAGAUGGGCAACAUCUUCGCUGUGCGACCGGGACUCAAGAACGACAGGCCGCCGACGUUCGCAGGCUCGCAUUUAGAUACGCAGCCAACCGGUGGUCGAUACGACGGCAUCCUGGGCGUCCACGCAGGUAUCGAGAUGCUCAAGGUGCUGAACGAAAACUGGAUAGAGACCGAGUACCCCGUAGGCGUCGUCAACUGGACCAACGAGGAAGGGGCCCGUUUUCCCAUGUCAAUGUCCUCCUCCGGUGUCUGGGCGGGCUCCAUACCCCUUUCCACCGCACACAACCUCCGCGAAGUACAUCCAGGCACAGCAACCAUGGCCGAGGAGCUCUCUCGCAUCGGGUACCUAGGCUCCGUGCCCGCCUCCCACGAGGCCACGCCCAUGGCCGCACACUUCGAGCUGCAUAUCGAGCAAGGCCCGCUCCUCGAGAUGGCCAACAAGAAAGUCGGCGUCGUGACAGGCGUGCAGGCAUACAAGUGGCUCACCAUCAACGUCAAAGGGCGCGACACACACACGGGAACGACCGACCUGAAGAGCCGCGCCGACGCACUGCUAGCUGCGUCCAAGAUGAUCCUGCACAGCCACCGCCUGGCGACUGCGAACAACGCGCUCGCGUCCACCGGCAUCCUCAAUCUCAAGCCCGGGAGCACCAACACCGUCCCCGGCGACGUCAGCUUCUCGCUCGAUAUCCGCGCACCGGCCGACGCGACUGUCGCCAGGGUCCUUGCCCUCGUAGAACAAGACUUCCCCAAGAUCGCGGCGGGCGAGAAUUUGUCCGGUUUGAACGACGGCGGAACACCUAGUCUGCCCUGCACCGUGAGCAUCACCGAGGACUUCGACAGCCCUGCGACAACGUUCCAUGCGAGCUGCAUCGACGCUGUGACGCGGGCGGCGCACAGGGUCCUUGGUCCGGAGGGGAAGAGCCUGACGAUGGAGAUGACGAGCGGCGCAGGACACGAUAGCGUGUAUGCGAGCAAGCGGUGCCCGACGUCUAUGAUCUUCGUGCCGUGCAGGGAGGGCAUGAGCCAUAAUCCCGAGGAGUUUUGCAAGGAGGAUGACUGUGCGAUUGGGGCGGAGGUGUUGUUGCAUGCGGUAUUGAGGUUCGACCGUAUGAGAGAGGUCCAGAGGGUGAGUUGGAAGCAGGAGCCGUACACCCUAUAG